GAAGCGAAUGCGGGAAAGUGGUUCGGUAGCAGAGUCAAGGGCGUAGCCCUCAGAACUCAGAAGCCUACUGGUCUGUCACUGGGGAAACUCACGUACGGAGCACAACCCACUUCAGCUCGUAGCCGUCCGAUCACAUCCCAGAUGCUUCCCCGAUGAAGCAGCACUUCCAGGCGUCGCUUCCCCCUCCUUCCCUCCUUCUCUCCCUCUUUUCCAAAAUUUCCCCAAAAUUACUAUUCCGCCCUAAUUUAUAAUUUCUUAUAUUAUAAUUAUUACUCAAAAGCCAUGGAAUUGCCACUCAAGGUGGCUCAGGCCGUCCAUGUCCUCAACCACGAUGUCCAAUCCUGCAACCGCGUCGCUGCCAAUCAGUGGCUUGUUCAGUUCCAGCAGACCGACGCCGCCUGGGAGGUCGCCACCGCCAUUCUCACCUCCGAUCACCUCCGCAGCCACCACUCUUUCCCCUCCGAUUUCGAGGUCGAGUUCUUCGCCGCUCAGAUUCUCAAACGCAAGAUACAAAAUGAAGGUUAUCUACUUCAGUUAGGGGCUAAAGAUGCUCUGCUAAACGCACUUCUUCUUGCAGCCAAAAGAUUUAGUACCGGUCCUCCCCAGCUUUUAACACAAAUUUGUCUUGCACUCUCUGCUCUUGUACUUCGAGUUGUUGAGCAUGGAAAUCCAAUUGAGAAGCUUUUUUACAGUCUCCAGAAUCUGCAGAGCCAGGAUGAUGGCAAUAUUGCUGUCCUGGAGAUGCUUACUGUCCUACCUGAGGAAGUAGUUGACAACCAACGCACUGAUUCUAAAACAAGUUCAUCACAAAAAAGCCAUUAUUGCCAAGAGCUUCUCUCGCAUACGCCAAUGGUUCUUGAGUUCUUGCUGCGGCAAUCUGAAAAGAAUUUUGAUGGUUCUAUACAACAGCAAGAAAAGAACAGAAAAAUAUUGCGCUGCUUGUUGAGCUGGGUUAAAGCAGGUUGCUUCUCUGAGAUUCCUCAGGGCACAUUGCCAGGUCACCCACUUCUAAAUUUUAUAUUCAACUCAUUACAGGUUCCUUUAUCAUUUGAUCUGGCCAUUGAAGUUCUUAUUGAACUAGUGAGCCGACAUGAGGGGGUGCCCCAGGUUUUAUUAUGCAGAGUACAUUAUCUCAAGGAAGUACUUCUUUUACCAGCUCUUUCCAGGGGAGACGAGAAAAUAAUUGGUGGCCUUGCAUGCUUGCUGUCAGAAAUUGGGCAGGCUGCUCCAUGCCUUAUUGUUGAAGCUAGUCCAGAAGCCCUUGCACUGGCAGAUGCACUCUUGAGAUGUGUGGCAUUUCCAAGUGAAGAUUGGGAGAUUGCAGACUCAACAUUGCAGUUUUGGUCCACUCUUGCUAGCUAUAUUCUCGGCCUUGAUGAAGAUGGUGCAAAAAGUAGGAAACAUGUGGAAGGCAUUUUUUCAUCUGUGUUCUCAGCAUUACUUGAUUCACUUUUAUUACGUUCUCAGGUAGAUGAUUCCACGUAUAAUGAUGAGAGCAGAGUGAUUGAUUUACCUGAUGGUCUGGUCCAUUUCAGGAUGAAUCUAGUUGAACUUUUGGUGGAUAUCUGUCACCUACUAGGAUCUGCCAUUUUUAUGCAGAAGCUAUUUAUUGGCGGCUGGGGAUCUCCUAAUCUGCCAAUCCUGUGGAAGGAAGUUGAAAGCAAGCUGUUUGUUCUUAAUGCGGUUGCUGAGGUAAUCAUACAGGAUGGCCAAACCUUUGAUUCCUCUGUAGUAAUGCAGUUGGUGACAAUGUUGUCAACUAAGCCUUCUGAUGGGCUGAAUGGCUUCAUCUGCAUUGUAUACAGAUCUCUGGCAGACGCUGUUGGUUCCUAUUCUAAGUGGAUAUCUGCUUUUAAGUCAAAUUUUAGGCCCUUGUUAUUAUUUCUUGCUAUAGGGAUUUCAGAGCCUCUGUCUUCAAAUGCUUGUGCUUCUGCUUUGCGUAAAGUCUGUGAGGAUGCAUCUGCAGUAAUUUAUGAACCCUCAAAUUUGGAAAUUGUAAUGUGGAUAGGAGAG